AGGUUGGGUCUGGGGUCCACCAUCAAGGAUUGAUUGGUGAGUAUCAGGAUGUCAGGAAAUGUCAACAAUAAAGGGUUUUCAAAAGACAUGAAUCACAAACAUCAUCUCUGAGUCAUUCUAUCCUGUUGGACAGUUUUGUGAAGUUUUGUCAGAGUCAGUUUGUAAGCUCAGCCGGAAUGUUGUUGUAAAAAGCAAGUUACCUAUAGGUGGUUUGUGCAAAUGUUUACCCUCAAGGAGAGUGUGUCAACUGUGAAAUCAUGAAACUUCUGCCCAGAUUUAAUUAUUUGAUGAAAAUUUGGCACUAUUGUCACCAGCUGCUUUUUUGCACCUUUCCACUGACUUUGCAUGUUUAAAACUAAGGAAGCGUCAAACUUUUGCACCAAAAGAUCAGGUCUAAUGCAGUAACUGCAUCUGAGAAAGAACAACCAAAUUCAGAAAGUGCUGCUACUUGAAAACACACAUAUGAAAACUGUCAGUAUAGCCAGGACCCUGAGGUGGCUACCACUGACUUUCAUAUGCAGGUCUUUUCCCUUAUAGAUAUUUGAUGUAGCACAAAAACGUAAUCGUGAAAUAUCAGCAGUACGGAGUAGGUUCUUUUACAGGAUGAGGCCCUGUGUUUAGAAAUGUAUUUAUAGGUUGAGGUGAGGGCCUAUAUCCUAAACAAAGACAGAUGAAAGCUUUCAGUCAAGUUAUUUUAUUUAUCAAGAUAGUUUUAUUUACUUUUUUACCUGCAUAUAUUUAAGGACAGCUCUGCAGCUUUCCUACUUUCUAAGGAGGAUUAAAAGCAUGAAAGGUUUUCACUUCAAAGCCAAAGUUGUUCCCAAAGAGCCUAAAUCUGAGAGUAUUGGGUCAUUCUGAGAGUUUUGGGUCAGCCAGGACAGAUUUCCUCUUCUGACAUCACCACAGACCCAGAUCCUGGUGCCAGUAACUGGCCCAGAUUGUAAUUCAUUGGCGGGGAUAAGGUAAGUAGGGUACGCCUCUAUUCCUUCAGUACAGCGACUCAGCAGAAACCAUUACAGCACUUCGUGAAGUGAGCCCUGAUCACCGCUUAACACUGAAGGCUGCAUGCAGAGGAGUCUAGUUGCAGGGCAGAAAACAUGGACACCCAUUAUCUAAUUUUUCUUUCAAUUGUGCCUCAGACCUAAUCAAAGAAAAUUGGAAAGAAAAAGUGCAAUAGAUUAACCAGGGAGUAUGCAAAGUUCCUACCACGUAUGUAAAAUGUGCUCCAUGUAAAGGUUCAAAUGUUAUGCUUUUUUGCACUGUGUAAGAUGAAGAUAUUUGGAAAUAUUUAAGGUAAAAAUAUUAAAAGUAAUUCAGAGAGUCUGUUUCAAGGGCUGAGAAAAUUUAACUUCCGGGUCAUCAAAACUGGGAGCAAAUUCUGCCUGCAUUUAUUGAAAAGAAAUUAAGAUUAGAAUUGGAAUUUAAAGUGUUACACCAUUAAAUAAAAUCACUGAUAGCUUAAUAUUGAUGCGUAGAAACCAGUAUGUAUAUUUUUCAUUUCCUUUCUUUCAUAUUAAAGAUUGACAACAUUACAAGUAAAGAAAAUGUCCUCCUUUCAUAGGUGUCUAUACACAGUUCCACAAAAUAGCCUCAAAAUGAGAAAUUUACUCACAAAACAGAAAUAACUUCAAUUUAAAAAAACAAAACAGUUUUUUUUAAUAUUUUAAGGUGACCAAGUAAGAAAUUAGUUUCAUAUAUUGAAUUUUAUUUAAUUACAUUUCAUCUGAUUUAAUAUGAUUUUGUUUUAUUGUACUUAAUUCAAUUAAAUUUACGUCAUAUCAUAUCAUUUAAUUUAAAUUAAAUUUUACUAUAUUUACAUUUGAUUUCAAAAUUUUAAUUUAAUUUCUUAUUUAAUAUAUCUUAUUUCGACGUAUUUUGUUUCUUUUUAGUCAAUCUCUCGUUUAGUUUUUUAUGAUAUUUUAUUUUACUUGGAUUUAAUUGAAUCGGUUUUUUUUUAAUCUCCGUUGUAACCUCCGGCCACACGGUGUCGCUGUGCGCAGAGCGGGACAGCGUUUGUUUAUCAAAAAAACAACAUGGAGGACGAGUUGGAUGUUGACAUCGAGGGAGAGGAGUUAGACAGCGAUCUAAAGUAAGAUUUCUAAUAUAUUGGAUGAAAAAACACGUAGAUUCUCCGCUGGUGCUCUCAGUCGGAGUCUGGACCGGUUUACCAGGACUUGGGUUCAUUUUUCUGUCCGACAGAGGAGAGAGAAGGUCGGGGUUAGCCUUCAGUCUGAGGGGCAGCAGGAGCGUUUAUCUACUGUAUUCAUGUUACUGUGCAGAAUAAUGUUAAAUUAAGAGUUCAUAUGAUUUUAAAGCUAACUUUAAUGUUAUUUUGUUUGAUAUGUUACAGUUAAUGUUUAUUUGAAUUGUAAAGUUGGCGGUUUGUCGUCUGUGUGUUAGUGAGCUGCAGGGAGCGGGUUUGGUCCAGGAUCACUUCUUACAGUCCGCCUGGAGGAGCAGCGCCGGAGUGCUCGUAUGUCUCUAUAAAACUUACAGACCUUCUGCUAUCUGUUUACUGGUCUACCUCUGUUCACCUGUCUUCGUCCGUGUGUCUCUGUUUAGCCGUGGGAGCUGGACUCCUCCAUCAGCCCGGAGAACAGGGAGGUGAUAGAGAAGAUGCUCCUGGAGGAACAGUAUCCUGACUGACCUUAAACGCACCACACACAUACUCAGUAUUCCCUCCAGAGACGGGUUUUGCAAAUCAGCAUCCACUAUAAACACUACAUACUGAAACUGGAUAGCUGCUCCCUUUUUAUCUCUGUAUAUUGCAUCCACCCUUAACAAAUAAACCAUAAAUUAGUCAUAAAAAUCAGCUUAAAUUUGAAUACUGAGCUUAUAUAUAAUUUUUAUUCUUCAUAAUACUGACUCAAGUACCUGUAAUAAAAUACUAAAGAUAAAAUAUUGAGAUCACUGCCAUCACUGUAAGGUCAGGCUCAGUUCACUAAAACAAUCCAAGCUUUGGAAGACCAGAGGUAGAAAAACAUGCAGGUUUAAAAGAUGAAACUGACUCCAUUUGUGGAUUUUCCUGUUAUCAUAUUGCAUUUGAAAGAAAAACACACACACUGCUUUAAAGGACAGGAAAAAAAUGCAAUUACUGACACUUUAACCUCCUCAUGUGUCAUCGUUGUCAUUUUCUCCCGCUUAUCUUUGCCUGGGUCGCUGGGGCAGCAGCUUCAGGAGGGAAGCCCAGACGGCCCUCCCCCCAGCCACUUCCACCAGCUCCUCUGGGGGAAUCCCAGGCGCUUCCAGGCCAGCCCAGAGAUAUAAUCCCUCUACCUGGUUCUGGGCGAUUAGGGGACCACGAGGUCCCCUCCCGGUUGAAACUUCUAACAAGAGGCAUCCAGAAGGCAUCCUAACCAGAUGCCCGAGCCACCUCAGUUGACUCCUCUUUACAUGGAGGAGCAGUGGUUCUACUCUGAGCGCCUCCCGAGUGUCUGAGCUCCUUACUUUAUCUCUAAGGCUGAGUCCGGCCACCCUGCGAAGGGAAACCCAUUUCAGCUGCGAGCUUGUUUUUUUGGUCAUAACCCAAGGUUUAUGACCAUAGGUGAGGGUCGGCACGUAGAUCGACCAGUGAAUUGAGAGUCCCGCCUUACAGCUCAGCUCUAUUUUCACCUCGACAGAUCCAUUAAGCACCAGCAUCACUGCUGACACCGCUCCAAUCCGCCUGUCGAUCUUCCGCUCCAUCCUACCCUCACUCAUGAACAAGGUCCUCCUCAUAUGUGGAUUUUAAAUCUCAGUGUGAAGUGUGUUUGUCCUGAGCUGUACCUGUAGAUACUACCUGACAGGGGAGAAGGUCCAGAAUCACAUCUGGGAGGGUGAUAUAAACAACAAAGCCAAAGUGAAGAAGUGAGUCAGUUAUUCCUCAGACAUCAACUUUAUAUGAACUUCUUUGUAUGGUUUGUUUAUUUCCUGCUUUUCUCACCUGGACUUUCAGGUCUCCUGCCAAGACAUCAACCUCUGGAUCCUCGUCUCGCUGGUCAAAACAGGAGAGGGAGCUGUUUGAGGAAGGACUGGUGAGUCCUCCCCACAUCAUCUUGUUCAUUUUAGAAUAGAUUUUAGGAUUUCCUGAGUACCUUAAAGCUAGUAUAGGUCUGGCUCUAAGUUAUGUCACUGAACUAUCGACACUGUAAUUUCAGCACUUCACCUAUUUAUAUACCUUUUUAUAUUGUUGUGGCUCUCUUGGUAUUUUAAUUUCCUUCUGUUUCACUUCUCUUAUUGUAUUGCUUUUAUUGUCUGAAGCAGGUUUCUGUUUCCUUUCUGUCACUUUUUUAGUUUGUCAUCUUCAGUCCACAAAGUCUCAGAAACUUGCUGGUCUUUUGUGCUUCUUGGGUUCACAUGUUUAAUAUAUUGCUGUUGGGUUAUGAUGUUGUUUUUUGUGUUUCUCCUAUUCUGCCUGUAUGUCAAAGUACUAUAUGAACCUUUGUUGUUUAAGGUACUAUUCAAAUAACGUUUUUACUAUCUUUGUUGUUAUUACAGGUCUGUAACAGGUUUGAUGUUGUUGGAGAGUGUGUUGAUGUCUGAUGUGUGUUUCCUUGUAGGCUCAGUUUGGUCGAAGGUGGACUAAGAUCUCUAAGCUGUUGGGUAGCCGCUCUGUCCUGCAGGUGAAGAGUUACGCUAGGCAGUACUUCAAACACAAGGUGAGACGCUUCAUAACAUUUUAAUCCUGUUUGUUUUUUUUAAGUUGUGAAUUCUUUAAAUUUAGCUCUAAUACCAAAGCGUUUCUCUGAGUUGUAAAAAUGUAGGCUAAACUGACUGCUUCUUCAUCUGCACAUUUAUUUCAGACUAAAUCUGACUCCAGAGCUACAGCCCCCCCUGCUGGUCCUGUGGAACACCUGCAGCCUCCUCAGCUCGCCUCUUCCCAGCCCCUCGCUCUGUCAAAAACGGUGCGGAUAGAGAAGCUGUCUGAUGAGGAGGAUGAGGAGGUAGACAUCACUGAUGACCUGAGUGAUGAAGGGGAUGGGGAAUCCUGUGAACCAGAGCUGCAAACAGAGACCGAGACCCUCACAGACCCCCUCACACAGGAUCAGUCCGAACCAGGUCUGACUGAGAACCAGCACAGUGAGAGCUUCUCGUCUCCUGAAAGUCCUGGAGCAAAGACAGACUCUGAGGAUGAGGACUGUCAGCCUGAGGGUCCAGCUCAGACCGGUCAGCAGGAGGACACCUGCAGAGACAGAUCAGGUGGGACUGAAGCUUUCCUGUGAAUCCAACUCAUGAUAACACACUUCCUGUUUGUAUUUGUUUGUAAUGUUCCUGUUUAUUUUUCCUCGUAGAUCCUGCUGAGAGGACAGAGCCGAAUCAGACCGAUGCACCUGAGGAAGACCAGCAGGAUGAGGAGGAGGAAGAGGAGGAAGAGGAGCUGAAGGCCCCUGAGCAGGAGGUGGAGAUGGACCUGGAGACCAUCAGUGAGGAUGAGAAACAAGCUAUCCCAGAGUUCUUUGAGGGCCGACCGUCUAAGACCCCAGAGAGAUACCUGAAGAUCAGGAACUACAUCCUGGACCAGUGGUAAAUUCUGACACAAUAGGUCGUGCAUUUACCCUUUACUCUGUAGAUGAGGAAGAGGAGUUCAGUUUCUGUUUUGUGCUUUAGGAUGAAGAGCAGACCCAGGUACCUGAAUAAGACUUCAGUACGGCCCGGUCUGAAGAAUUGUGGAGACGUGAACUGCAUCGGGAGGAUUCACACCUACUUGGAGCUGAUUGGAGCCAUCAACUUUGGCUGUGGUGAGUUCACUAAACCUGGGAAAACAUGCCGCUGUUCUUCUUGAAUGGUUAAGAUAUUUGUACUGAGUAAAUAAAAUGGGGUAAAAUGAUUGGGGCUAAAGGGAAAUGUCGAGUUAACUCGUAGAAUGUAGACAGCGGGGUUAUUAAACAAUUGUAAAUCUCUUUUUUGUCUCCUCUCACAGAACAGGCGGUCUACAAUCGUCCCAGAGUGGUGGACCGGUCCAGACAGAAGGAGGGCAGAGACGUGAUGGAGGCGUACCAGCUGGCUCAGAGGCUACAGAGCAUGGUGGGUAAUCCAGAUCCAAUCAUCAAUCAUCUGAAUAUGAGUAUAACAAGGUCUGAGCUAACCGCUGAUUGGCUGCAUGUUGUAGCGGACCAGGAAGCGCAGAGUUCGGGACACAUGGGGGAACUGGUGUGACCCUAAAGACCUGGAGGGACAGACCUAUGAGGUGUGGACUUCAUGAGACAUUCUUCACAUUUUAUCAGUGAUCAGAGGAUGACUUUUGAUAAGUUUAAUCACUCCUCCUGUGUUUUAUCAGCACCUCAGUGCAGAGGAGCUCGCUCGGAGGAGAGAGGAGAUGAAGAAUCGACCUAAACCCUGCAAGAGCUCCAGAUUCAGAGAGUGAGUGUGAGAAACACACGCAGCAUGCAGCUUUGUGUUUAUGUAUGUUUGAUGAUGAAUAACAUCACCCUCCCAUUUUCAUUCAGGUCUGUAGAUCCAUUUCAGCUGAUUCUCUGCAGGUCUUUUGGAGAGGACGUUCAGGUUAGAGGCUGUUUUUACUUCAUUUAGUCUUUAGUAGGGCCUGAUAAUGAAGCAGAAGAAGCAACAUUUGGACUUAAUACAACAGAAAGGAUUGAGUGAAGCUGGGAGCAAAAGUUUGAUUUGAAAAAUAGGAGCUGUCAAAAAGAGAGGAACCCCUACCCUGAACAGAUGGCCUGAUUUUCAGCCUUAAAGGGACAGUUUGUGUUUUUGAAGUAUGUUGUUCCAGGUCCUUGUUUGACUCUGUUGCAUAAUGAAAUAACUGACAUAAAUGAGACAAAAUGUAAGCGUACCAAAUUGAAUCCAACAACCAGUGCGUCCCACUGUUACCUCCACUGAUUUUUACUGUAUUCAUCAGCAACACAACUAAUAUAGACACACUUUGUUUUGUAAUCUUGCCACGUCAUAGUAGGGUAUCACAUCAGGUGAUCUGUGUGAAAACAAGGCUUGUCAAUGACACUUUACAAUAAUCCAAAAGUAAGAAAGUGCAGAAUAAAAGAGCUACAUGCAACCAGCUGCAUAUAACUUUUGAAGCAGCAGUAUGAAAAAGUUCAUGUUUAACAUGAGACGCCACACCUCAAUUGUUGCUUUAGCAGGAGAGACAUUUUUUUCUUACUGUUGCAGAGCAUUCAUUAGGUACUGCAUAUUAAGAGAUGCAGAGGUAGAGAAGGACAAGAUAUCUUUAAAAUUAUUAAUAAGAAUAUAAAACAGGUUCAAAAAAAGUUUUUACAGCAUAAAAAAAAAGGAUUAUGGGAGAAAUUGUCUCAGUUUGAGCUUCUGGAUGUUGGUUCAUUUGAUUGAUAAUCAGUCACUCUAGUCUGUUCUGGUUCUAUCUAGGAACUAUUCCUUUAACAUUGGCUGAUUGAAUCACUGCCCAACUCAAACAUUUCAACAUAACAUGCAGGCGCUCAUACAACCACACACAGCAUGUCUGGAAUGAAAAAUAAAAUCUCAAUCUGCAGUUUGCAAUCAGCUGUUUUAUUUGACAUCAGCAUAUUUACAUUCAUGCAUUCAUCAUGUUUAUCUACAGAAUUAAAACUCUUCAUCACACCAACACACUCAGAUUAAAGAGACUGAAUCAGGAUCAAAUGUUGUUUUUCCAGGAACCGUUCCAGGUUAUUGUGUGUGCUGAGACUCUGCUUAUCAUGGAUAUGGUAUGACACACACACACACACACACACUCUGCUCCUCUCAUCCAUUUAUUCCUUUUUUGUCUCCACUGCGUUUGUCAUGUUAUUCCUUGUUUUUAGAUGCACUAACAACAAACAAACAAAAAAAAACAUGUGUUUGUGUGUCUGUCAGCACGCUCACGUGUCACGGGGAGAAGUCAUUGGCCUGCUGGGAGGAACUUUUAACGAGGAGAAGAAAGUGUUAAAGGUAAGAGAUGAGGAUGAGGAGGAGAGAGAAUCAAAGUCUGUCUUCAGAGACUGAUGGUUGUGUUUUUGUGUGUGUAUUUGUGUGUGUGUGUGUGUGCAUGUUUGCAGAUCUCUGCAGCCGAGCCAUGUAACAGUGUAAGCACAGGUCUGCAGUGUGAGAUGGACCCGCUGUCUCAGACCCAGGCCUGCGACAUGCUCUCCUCUCUGGGCUUCAGCGUGGUGGGCUGGUACCACUCACACCCGUCUUUCCACCCAAACCCCUCAGUGAGAGACAUCAACACACAGGACCAGUUCCAGGUGAGACCAGAACCCUCAGAACGCAGAAGGUUUAGAGUUUGUUUCUUAAAGCUGCAGCCUGAUGAUUUCUAUGACGAGUUAAACUAAGAACAGUUACUGCAGGUCUCAAGAUGUGUCUGUCUGCAUAUAUUCAGAAAUCAAAACUGGUCCAGCUUGUACAAUAAGAAGAGAUUUGAGUAUUUCAACUGCAAAAUCACCAAAGAAAUGCAGCAAGCUGUUUUUUUAACUGUUAGCAAUGCAGUAUGUAAACAUCUGCAAUCUGAUUGGUGCUGUUAUCUGCAUGCACAUUACAGAGUUAUUUCUCUCGUGGUGGAGCCCCCUUCAUCGGAAUGAUUGUGAGCCCAUAUGACCCGGCUAACCGCUCCCCCCACUCCCAAACCACCUGCCUGUUAGUGAGAGAGAGCCUGGAGCCCACAGGCUUGCAGAGUGAGUUCAGCACACACACUCACACACACACACAUACAGAGGGAUAUUUACUUGACAAACUCUCUAAAUCUGAUCAUUUAAAGUCUGAACAGAAUAAACAAGCUCUACAGAAGCAUCUCAUCCAGGACAAACAGGGCCCAGCAGUUUUAAAUUGCGUUCUGUUGCAGAGGGACAGUUUCAACAUAAAGAGAUUUCCUGUAGGGUUUUCUGUGGUUGAUUUUUUUAGUGUUUUUAUUACUCUGUAGUUUGAUUGUCUAAGCACUUUGUAAACCUGUGUUUUUUACAGGCGUCACUUCAAUGAAGUUGUAAUUGUUGUUUGAAAAUACUUACCAGGAAGAGAAACACCAGCAUGUACGCUUAAUUCUGUCACUCAGGGAAAUAGGUUCUUCGUUUGUAAUCUCAAACUCAUACUGCUGCAGGCAAAACAGAUUUUGGGUGUAUUCCUGUGACCCUUCUUUCAGUGCUUUUGUUAAAAACCAAACCUGUAUUCACACAGACACACUAAGUUAAAAAUUUUCAGUUUUAUGUUGACAUGCAAAUAUAGUGAUAUUUCUGCAAAAAGCCGGGGUAAGCAGAUGUGAGAGCAAAGUAGAUGAAAUUCAGGAGAUACUCUUGGUUAUAUGAAACACGGAAAUAGAGGCCAAAUGUUGGUCUAAAAUACUUUGUUGAUUUAAAAUGUGUUGUCCUAUUGCUUAUUAACUUUGUAAUUUUUCUGCCUCGUAGUUUCCUCUACUGUCUGCUCACCCUUGCACUUUGUAUUUUAAAUGUAAGGUCUUUAGUAAAUGUGCCUUUCUUCCUCAGAGCUGCCGUACAGGUUUGAUUUCCUGUCAUCAUCAGACUGUCCAAACUGGGAUCAGACGCUGAGGAGAGCUCAGUGGAUCAUCGACAAAUACUCUCAGUCACGGGGGUGAGUGAUGGUGGUCCUCCAGACUCAGAUCUGUCCCUUCCUGGUGGAAAAACUAAGUUUUUCUCUUUCUGCUCUGUGUAGGAGCGUGCAGAUGGACAGGUUCUUCCGGAAAGACUCUCAUCUCACCUGUCUGGAGAAGGUCCGUCUUGCCUGUUUGCAGCUUGUAUUAUUUGUGCACAUCUCGCUGACCUCUUUUGUUUUCCUCUCUUUAGAUGCUGUCGUCUCUGGCACGGUACCUGGAGCCCCUGCCGGAUGAAGAGGGAGACCCCUUCCUCACACAGAUCCAGGCUCUGUUCCAGUUAGACUUUAUUUCCAAACAGCAGCAGCAGGAAGAAGAGGAGGAGGAAGAGGAGCAGUCUGAGGAGCCUGUAAAUACCUCACACAGACAGCUGGGUUCAGAUGAGCAGGGUUUUGUUCUGCUGAAUGAAGAGUGCCCCCUGCAGGCAGGAAGAGACUCUAAUGAAGAUGUUGGUGGAGCUUUAACCAGCAGCUUGAAACCUGCAGACAGCAGCACAGUGUUACACCUGGGCUCUGUACUGUCCUCUGAGCACGAUUAUUUACUCUGAUCCUGGACCCUUUAGAGAUCCUGACUGAACAUGUUUUAGUGAUUAUUUUAUGUAAAUAUGAUGAUUACCACCGUUACCAGCAUAUAAAGUUAGUUUUUGAGCAUCUUGUUUUUUUAAUCCUUAUACCAAAACCUCAAAGACACCUAACCCUAACCACCAGUACAUGAAUGUGUGUGUGUGAUUGUUUGUGUCUAUAUGUAAAUGUGUGUAUGUAUGAGUGUGAGAAAAGAAGAAUGUGUGUUAACCUAGAGAAAAUGCUUUUUUUUUUUUUUUUGAAGAUGGGAAAUAAAAAAACACUUUCACACCA